CGUACGUAAAUUGUUUGUGUAAAUUACGCCACCUUUUCGCUAUUUGUUCCAGUCGAGUACUGUCGUAUUUCAGUGGUACAUUUUCCCGACUGAUAAUUAUUAUAUCUGUAAAUAUGUAUCGAGAAAAAUGGAAUUUGUCCGUGUCGGUGAUCGUCAUUUUGUUACUUCCUGUCGCGGCAUCAAACACAGACAAUGAAGAUUGUCCUAACUAUGGUCAGCGUUCUAGUCGACAAGGAAAUAUAGCCAGUAUAAAUUAUCCACAGUUAUAUCCACCAGACAAAGACUGUUCUUGGUUCAUAUCUAGUGAACAUGAUCACAUUAUUAUCAGUUUUCUAGCGUUUGAUUUAGAAGAUGGAACACUUUGUGAGAAUGAUUAUCUGGAGUAUGGUCCUGCACUUGGUGGUAGUGUGAAACUGUGCGGAAGUCAAUUACCCAAUCCUAUCAUAUCAACUAGGGAUCAUGUAUGGCUUAAAUUUCACACUAAUACAAAGAUACAACGAUCUGGAUUUUUGUUAACCUAUGUUGCGAGUUCAAAUAGCACUCCAUGUCGUAAUGGUGAAUUUCAGUGUUCAAAUCAACUUUGUAUUUUAAAUGAGUGGCGUUGUAAUGGAAAAAGUGAAUGUGGAGAUGGAUCAGAUGAAGAUCCCCAAUUGUGUAAGCCAGCAUCUUCUUGUGCCAUCCAUUCGUUCGCAUGUUCAACAACCGAUACCUGCCUACCUGAAUUUCGUCAGUGCGACGGUAUCAAUGAUUGCCCUGACGGUUCAGAUGAACAAUACUGCCCGGAGUACUGCAAACAUUCCUUGGAUGGUGAAGUUGGAUAUUUCACGUCUCCUAAUUAUCCACAUCCGUAUGCAAAUAAUAUGUCGUGUUCAUGGACUAUACUGUCUACUGUUAAUACCAUACAGUUGAGAUUUGUGGAAUUUCAGCUGCAGGAGAAUGACUUUCUGAUUGCGUAUGACGGGGAUGAUAUAUAUCAGGAGGAGCUAACACAUCUAUAUGGGGGUGAUAAAGUGCCACAUGUGAUUGAAUCCACACACAGUAGAAUGCUGGUUGUGUUUAAAUCUGAUGCUAAGUUGGUGAGCAAGGGAUUCAAUGCUACAUAUCAACAUAAAGGUAUUUGUCUCGAUACGCAGGUGUUAUGUGGUGAUGAAAGUAACUGUUAUGACCCAGAGAUUGCAAGAUGUAAUGACUAUUUUGACUGUACAGAUGGGGAAGAUGAGUUGGGCUGCCGUGAUUGUAAGAGUGAUGAAUUUGCUUGCUGGAAUGGUAAAAACUGUUUCAGUCAGGAUGAUCAUUGCAGUGGUAAACCACGCUGUGCUGACGGAUCUGAUGAGUAUAACUGUAACGCUCUUAUCUGUAAUAGCGAUAGAGGAUUAUUUCUAUGCGGUAACAAACAAUGCAUAUUUGAAUCCUGGCAGUGUGAUGGCACCGAUGACUGUGGAGAUGGGUCUGAUGAGAAUUAUUGUCCUGGUAUACUUUCAACUCGUGUGAUUACUGCCGCAGUGAUUGGCUCAUUAGUUUGUGGAUUAUUAUUGGUCAUAGCCCUAGGAUGUACAUGCAAGUUGUAUGCUCUGCGGCUCAGUGAGCAGCACCCUUAUGGAAGAUCCUCACCAAUGCGAAGACUUGAACAGGAAUUUAUGCGCCGUGAAGCUCCACCGACAUAUGCCGAAACUGUUGCUUCUUCCACAGAGCCAGGAGAUCAUGCAACCUCUGCGUUUAUGCAACAGAUUCAUGCACUGUCACGUGCCAGGCGGUCCAGGCGACCACGGCGACCUCGGUCACGUGCAUUAGUAAUCAGUGUCGCUGAUGAGAACCCUGUUGAAAACUGUGAUCAAGAGUCGAGUGCAACACAUCGAGAUGAGGAAGGUGAUGUUGAUACUGAUACUGAAACUAAUCAUGAUGCUCAACAUCUUCGAAAUCUUGACCCGCAAAUUGCAGAUGCAGUUUCUAAUGUUCAGCAGUUACAGAACAUCAUAUCUGGAGCGGAGUUCGGUGAGGAAGACGCCAACGAUAAUGCGGCAUCUUGUGAUGAUGCUUCUGCUGCAGAUAUAGACAAUGAUGACGGAGCACCUGAUGAUAAUGUAUCCAUCAACGCUAGUAGCAGCGGUGAUGAUGAUAAUAAUCAGCUUCCGAUUGAGAGUGACUCAACUCGACUUCUGUCGAACCAGACUGACAGCACGUGCUGACAAGUGGGGAAGGCUUUUGUAUCAUAACUUGCAUGCAUUUCACACACUACUUGAUUAACACUAAUGCUGAACACUUCAAUCCUAGUAUGCUUCAUGCUUUCAACACUGGGGUUUGUUUUCUUAUUGGUCAUCUCAGGAUAUCUGAAGUCAAAAUUCACCCUUUGACAAAGUUUUCACCACCACUACAUGUACUGUACUACAUUAACGCAAGUGAUGACCUUUGGCUUAAAGAUUCUUCACACAAAAAAAGCAAAUGGAAAAUAGGGGAGGGAGUUCUUGAACUAGUGGGAGUAUUAAACUCUUACAGCCAUUUGGAAUUGAAAAUUGGAUAAAAUACACAUGGAGUGAAUUCAAUUCAAAAAGUUUCAUAUCCUUUCAUAGAAAAUAACUCAAGUUACAGGCUUAACAUGUGUGUCAGCCACAUCAAUAUCAAAACCAGUUUUUUUAUGGUUGAAUAAAUUUCAUAGAUAAAUUUUCUCUACACAACUAAACAUACCAAUAUACAAUGUAUGUUCUUGAUACAUGUAUUUAUUGAAAGACCACAUCAACUAUUGGUAGUAUGUAACUCAUUUUAUAAUGGGCCAGUGUCUACCUUCAUAUUAAACUUUUCAAGGUUUCAA